AUGUGUUUCAGCCUGGUCCAGGUGGUCCACAGUGCAGCAGAGAGACGUCCAGAUGUUAAGGAGAGAUACACUGAAGCCACUGUCACUCUCAAUGUGCACGCCACGAGCACGCUCGCCAAGGAGGCCGCUGUGUGCGGAGCCUUCCAGCUCUACAUCAGCACGGACUACAUGUUUGACGGGAGGAAUCCUCCGUAUGGAGAAGACGACAGUCCCAACCCUCUCAACGUUUACGGACGCAGCAAAGUGGAGGGAGAGAGACACUAUCCAGGUGCUGCAGUGCUGCGGGUGCCCGUUCUGUUCGGGGAGGUGGAGUCUGUGACGGAGAGUGCGGUGACGUCUCUGUGGCUGGACGUCCAGAACGUCUCCGAGAUCUCUCUGGAUCACCGCCUGCAGAGGUUCCCCACAGACGCCAGAGACGUGGCUGCGGUCUGCAGGAAGCUGGCCCAGAGACAGUAUCAAGACCCGUCCAUCAGAGGAAUCUUUCAUUUUUUGGCUAAAGAGCAGAUGACCAAAUAUGAGAUGUCUAUCGCCAUGGCAACAGCCUUCAACCUGCUGUCCAACCACCGCAUUCCUCUGAUGGAGCAGCUGACGGCGGCGACUCCUCGACCAAUCAACAGCCAGUUGAACUGUUGUCGUCUGGAGCAGCUGAACCUGAGCGUGGAGCCGCAAGCUUUCACCUCCGCCAUCACAGACUGUUUGUGGCCCUUUACCCCGGACAAACGCUGGAGACAGACCGUCUUCCACUGACAUGGAGAAAGAGAGAGACAGGCAGA